AUUAAAUUCAAUUGAGAGUCAAAAAAUAUUUUGAUCUUUCAAGUUAAAUUACUGAUUUAGAGUCAAAGACUUGAACUGACUGUUCAUUAUUUGAUUGAUCAACAAAUAAAAGUCAAUUGUUAGAUGUUAAGUUAAUUCAUGAAAAAAUAUGUUCCAAUCACUAUCACUAGAUGUCAGUAAAAGAAGUUGAAUAAAUCAAUGAAAGCGUAUUUUUAGUAAACCUUUCAAAUUGGAAUCAGCAUGAAAUUCAUGAAGCUCAAUCAGGUUUUUUUUCAAGUUUUGAAAUGAGGUCUAGAGUAAGAAUGAACGCCUUUAUGAGUAAACCAAAUUGCACAGUUUAGUCUAAUUUUUAAACUUCAAUCUGAAGAUAAAAAAUCAGUUCACUGUUGAAUGAAUAGAAAAGUUUUGAUUUUCGAUAUUUUUCCCAGAAAAAAAAUUCAUUGUUAAAGUUGACAAUAGCCAGUAAUUUAAAGUUGCAUUACAAAAGCAAAUGUUUGCAUCGAUAAUAACUGUACAAAAUGAACCGAUUCACUAAAUGUCAACAGAUGAAUCAAUCGAAUCAAUAUGAAAUGAAAAUGAAUUAAGCUGAAAAGGUGAGUUCCAAGAAAUGUCAUUUUUCCCUUUAAUCCCAUGAAUAGAGCCCAAAACUGUCAAAACAAAGACAUUAGAAAUCAGAUUGAUCUUCAAAUAUAAACUGAUUAUAUAAUAAUCAAUCGAGUAACAGGUAAGAAGAGAAUGGAAAAAACAUGAGAAAAUAAUGGAAACAGAAAUGGGCGUAAUCAUGAUUCUUUACUCCCACUUCCCUCAUAGUCUAAUCACACGGUGUUUCAUUCAAUGGACAGACCUUUGAAUAAUCUGGUAGCUUUUGUUGUUUACUCUUCAUGAUGAUGAGCAAGUUGAGUAUAAAUGAAGAUGAUGAACCUUUGAAAAGAGUAACAAUUCAGUGUUGAUCAGUCAGUGUUGAUAAGUGUAAAAAGAGGUUAUCAAGGUGUUCCAAGCAACCAGAUCCUUACCGGUUAAAGUGACCAAACCCGAAAUACAUUUCAUUCAGUAUUCAUCAUCAUUACAAGUUGGCUGAGUAAAAAGAAAAUCUUGAAAAAGAAAAAAAAUCUUUACCAAUUUAAAGUUUGUCGCAAUUUUAAUUAUGUGCUUAUGAAUCAACCAACAAUCAGUAGCAUUUUUGCAUUUCAAGAUCGUGUAACUUACGAAAAGUCAACAAUGAAACAAAUCAGUUCCAUCUUCGUUUGCCUGUUGAUUGUUUCACUACUUUUAACAUCAAUCAAUGGUGAAACAACCAAAUCCGAUGAGAUGUUAACGAAACUCGAUUGUCAGGAAGGAGAAACACGAAGUUUCAGGUAUUCAAGUGAAACUAACCUUUGGGGUCCAAUGGAAGAGCAAAUAGCUGUUAAUGCAAUAGUUGAUAUUGACUGCAUGGGACGAGACAACAAUACUGGUGCUCUUAAAUACAUGGUUCAAAUAUCAAACGUCAAGACUGACCUGAAAAGAGACGGAAAAUUAAUCAAUUUGCAACAUCGUUCUGAAAUGGGUAAAAUUGUUCGUCGUCGAGAGAAGCGAAGUGAAGUAUCUGACUGGGUGGCUGAAUCAUGGCAAAAGAUAAAAUCGUUUUUCACUCGAUUUUUACGAAAACAGUUGAACAAGCAAUUGGAAGAUAAAAUUGAAUUGGAUUUGGAAGGUCGAGGCUGCACACUUCCAACCAACCCUAAAGGAUCAACAGCCGAUAGAGAAAAACGUUCAACCAGUAAUAGUGUUAAUCAUUUGCUUGAUGAGAAGAUUGAGUUGCCUUUCGAGUUUGUUCAACUACCUGGAGGUCCAAUUCCUGAGAUACGUUUAAGUAAACUUGAAACUAACGAAGCCGUAAAAAACUUCAAGAAACACAUUGUGGACACAUUUGCUACUCAACUAGCAACUGGCAAACAAUCAACUAUCGAAAAGAGUCCAAUUGGUGAACACAUUUCACAUUAUGAGUACCAUGAAGUUGCCCCGGAUCAACCCAUUGAAGAGACUUUGUCUGUUGCUGGUUACCCAAGCUUUAUGAUCAACAGGAAGGGUAAAGCUUUCGUUGAUGAUGACAAACAGGAAUCACCGACAGUCAACAAAAAGAUGCAAGUAAUUAGAGAAGUGAGUCGAAGUGAUGUUAUAAAAGUUGGCAGUGGAUCAGUGCUCAUUCAUGAUCCUGAUCAGGUCAAUAUUUCCAUUCGACAAGUCCAAGAGAUCGUACAAGGAAGAAUGACAGAGACGGCUGGCUUGAUUUCUGUCGAUUUAACUAAACCAAUGGAUCAAAGUGCAAAAAGACGUAAACGAAGCUUGGGUUUGGAUGAUGAUCUUGAUGGUUUCAUGAAAGUAUUAACUGCUUACUCAAUGAAUUCGAGUCCAAAUCAAAGAGCCAAACGGGAAACUGGUGAAAGAUUAGCUAAACUACGUAAAGUUGAAACAGAUCUUGAUCUGGUUUCAGAGUCACUUGUAUCAUCUUCUUCGCCAGAGACUGAAAAUCAAGAUCGAUUGGUUCGUUUACAAGGAUUAAUAACAGAAAUUGCAUUAUCACAGCAAACGUUUGAUUUCUCAAAGAACUCUGAGCAAAGGAAUCCAGAUUUUGAUCUACUGAUUGCUGCUCUACAAAUUGAGGCAAAAUUAAAGUUAACCCAAACUGAUGGAAGCUCAUUAUCAUCCAUGGUUCGACAAACAAUUACUCGUCAAAAGUUAGAUGCAAAUUGUGGAGCUGGAACUCAAUUUAAUUUAACAAAGUGCCAUGAUUUACUCGUUAUUGCAACAAUCGCUGGUUCACCUGUUACUUUGCAAGUAAUAACAGAAUCAUUUGCCUCUGAUCCAGUUGGUACAUCGUCAGUGUUGAGUCGAGUUGACCAUCCUUCAGAAGAACUAGUCGCGAAUUUGGUCAAACAAUUCACUAAAACAUCCGCUUAUGGUUCACCAAAAGGAUCCAUGUUAAUGACUUUGAGCAGUUUAGCACACAAAUCAGACAGUAAUGUAAUCAAAAAGAGUGUCUCGAAGCUAUUAAUGAAGGAACUGGAAGCAACAGCAUCAGCCAAAUGCGAUUCACUCUACACUUUGGACGUUCUUGAAGCCAUCGGCAAUCUUGGUGGAGAAAAGUUUGUACCAGUAUUAAUUAAUCUAUCAAAUACACAAUGUACAUGUUCGGACUCAAUGAAAAUCGGAAUAAUUCACGCUCUUCGUCAAAUGGUUGAUAAACCUGAAGUCAUCGAGUUUUUAACAACUUUAUUGAUGAACUCGACAAUUGACUGUUCGAUUCGCAAAGAAAUUGUUGCAACUUUAUUCUCCUCUAAAUUGAUUACAAUCAGUGGUUCUCAAACACUGCAUCAGUCACAGUACAAGUUCACAAAUCCAAUAGAAACAAAUCCCGUAGUAACAAUGCUUAGUGAAUCCAUUCUAAACUCAACAGAUUCGGCAGAUGAUUGCAUUAAAGAAGAACUUGAAAAGGCUUUAAAGAUGAACAACAACGAAUAUCAGUCGGCACGAAGAAAGCGAUCAGUUGAUAAUGGAUUUUGGGAUGAUUCGAGUUGCACUGACCAUUCAUCUACACCUGCAAAAGCACCUUCAACACCAGAAUUCCCAAUGGUUUCUGAUGGUAAAAAGGACAAGAAAAGACUCGUGGAAACUCCAAGUGUAGGUUACGUUCAACGAAGAAAAUGUACGGCAAUUAAAUCUUUUGGUCCGAAGCAAGUCCAGGCGAUUCUAAGAGCAGAUAUUAUAAACGAUGUUUUGGAUUCAUCGGAGAAUCCAGAUUACAAACUCACUGCAAACUUUGGAUUGUCAUCUCACGUUUUGGGUAAAAAUGUUGAUGUUGGUAAAAUGUAUCUUUACGCAAAGCGAAACAUCAGUCGAGCUUAUGUUAGUCUAUUUGGCCAAACACUGCUUGACUCGCAACGAGACUCGUGUGACACAAGACCAUUGGAACCAUACCGUUACACAGCUUACGUACCUUUGUAUGACUUCAACAUUUGGGUUGUGAGACUUGGUCUUGGUUUACGGUUCAAUGGUGAACUUGCGUUUGACCAUUUGAAAUCAAAUUGUUUGUCCAACACUGAAAAAAAGAAAAGAUCUGAAGCGUCAUCAGAAUCUGAGAUCGAUGAGCUCCUCAUAAAGCCUGGAGCACAGUUGCGAGUUGCUGGUGAAGCUUCAGGAACCAUUUUGCUUUUAAGAGGAGGAGUUGACAUUGGAGGCGAUUUCAAUUAUCAAUCAGAUUUGCAAUUCAAGCCCAAGCCAGGAUUUUGUUUGACUGCUUACAAUGCUCAUAGACCGAUGAAUGUCUCUGUUCAGCCAUGGUUUCAGUUCUGGGACAGCAGUUGUCAAGAAUGGAGUAACCGUCAUAUUUAUCGACCUGAAAUGUUGAAUUGGAAAGUAACUGAAAGUCGAAGCAGUCCAUGGAUUCAAAAUGAAUGCAUCAUUCGAAAAUGAUCUGCUUGAAGAUGCAGAAUAAAAGGUUUAACUCUUCACCCAAACCAUUAUAAUAGUAAAAAUUGUAUUUUAUGAUUUGUGCACUCAAACCGAAUGAGACUAUUUUUCACUAUUUUUAUUUGUACGAAAUUGCAUGUUGUCGAGUCACUUUUUUGUAAUUGUUAUCACUAUUGAAGUUUCAAUCAAAUUAAAUUAUUUUCGUCUGUUGA